AUGGGGACUCUCCGGCAGGCUCCCCCUGAGUCUUUGCUCGACGCUCCUAGCAAGGGUGGCGUCUUUAUUAUCAUCGACGACAGAGAAACUGAACGGGGCACUGGGAGCAAACCCAAAGAUGCUCCAGUCGAUAAGGAGUAUACCGAGCGCAAUCAAGACGACAGUGUUUUCAGGAUCCAUAACGACGUGGGAGAUAUGCUUCACGAUGAGGUUGGCGUGGGCGACGGCGGUAUUACGCUUGACGACGAAGUCUUCGAAGAAAUUAGUACUCUACCUCUAGCCCCGGAAAUCCUGGGAAAGUCUUUUAAGGGGCCCCAAGAACUUCUACAGUUCGCCAGGUGCAAAAAUCAUGCCGAGGAGGUCGCAAUACUUCCAGGCACCAUGGCCGAGACCGAUGACGAACUCAGUACGAGCGGCAACAUCGGUGGGAAGGCCAAGAUUUCCUUAGAUCAACCUCCCUUUUCGGAUAUAGCCGGGUUCUCUCGCCAGUUCAGUAUUAUCGGCAACAGGCUUGAUCGGAUAGAGGGAGUCAAACGUAAGGCAGCCGCCAGCUAA